UAUCAACAAAAUGACGACAAACUUUUAUUCGGCACAAGAAGAUUUCACUCGUCUUAUAUCUGCAUUACCUCCGUUUGAUUUGUCUAAGUUUGUUAUAUGGUUAGAUCUGAAGAUCUCAGAGUACAAAAUAUUUGGACGUUUUGUGAGCGAAUCUGAAAAAGAGAAGUCACUAGCAUCAAUCUGUCCACAGUACCAACAGUCUGAUUUUAUGAACAACAACCACUGUCGAAGCAAUUACAAAGCGUCACAGAAGUCUCAUAACCAUAAAAACAUAUGUGCAAAAAUAUUUCAUGAAGUUGCACAACAAACAGACGAAAAUAAAACGGAAAAUGAACGAAGAUCUCCAGAAAUUCAAAACAAGGUUUAUGUGACUGCCUCAAAAAAAAAUAAGAGCUUAAUUGACGAAGAUGAAAUCAGUACAACUCAGAAGACUCAAAAGCAAGACACAGUUUGUGCAAAAAUAUUUCAUGAAGUUGCACAACAAACAGACGAAAAUAAAGCAGAAAAUAUGCGAAGAUCACUAGAAGUUCAGGAAGACGUUUAUAUAACUGAAGAUGGACAUAGGUCACUACCAUUCCAAAUUAUAGAAUCAUAUGGAAAUGUAAACGAGUCAGAAAUUCACGGAGCGAUAUACGAGGCUAGUGACAGCAGUACCACUAAUGUAAAUACUGAUAUUGAGUCUCUUCGAGGACAAGGGAAAGAAGGCAAUCAAUGUCAAACAGGUAAAUCCAUUAGCAUAGCGAAAUGA